GCCUGGCGGUGUUGCUGCUGGGCGGGCCCUGGCGGCGGAGGCACGGGGAGCUGGCCAGAGGCGGUGGCAAGCCAUGGCGGCGGCGGUGGUGGCGGCGGCAGCAGCGCGGUCCCGGAUCCUGCAGGUUUCUUCCAAAGUAAACUCCACAUGGUAUCCAGUAUCCUUCUCUUCCUCUUCAGUGCCAAAUGUAAAGCUCUUCAUUGAUGGGAAAUUUGUUGAAUCCAAAAGUGACAAAUGGAUUGACAUCCACAACCCUGCUACCAAUGAGGUCAUUGGUCGGGUCCCUCAGUCCACCAAAGUUGAAAUGGAUGCAGCAGUUGCUGCUUGCAAACGUGCUUUCCCUGCAUGGGCAGACACAUCAAUUUUAAGCCGACAGCAGGUCCUACUCCGCUAUCAACAACUUAUUAAAGAAAACUUGAAAGAAAUUGCCAGGUUAAUCACAUUGGAACAAGGAAAAACCCUAGCUGAUGCUGAAGGAGAUGUAUUUCGAGGCCUUCAGGUAGUUGAGCAUGCCUGUAGUGUGACAUCCCUCAUGCUGGGAGAGACUAUGCCAUCUAUCACCAAAGACAUGGACCUUUAUUCCUACCGUCUGCCUCUGGGAGUAUGUGCAGGCAUUGCUCCAUUUAAUUUUCCAGCCAUGAUCCCCCUUUGGAUGUUUCCCAUGGCCAUGGUUUGUGGGAAUACUUUCCUAAUGAAACCAUCAGAACGAGUUCCUGGAGCAACUAUGCUUCUUGCUAAGCUGCUGCAGGAUUCUGGUGCCCCUGAUGGAACACUGAACAUCAUCCAUGGACAACAUGAAGCUGUAAAUUUUAUUUGCGAUCAUCCGGACAUCAAAGCGAUCAGCUUUGUGGGAUCCAACCAGGCUGGAGAGUACAUCUUCGAGAGAGGGUCAAGAAAUGGCAAGAGGGUUCAAGCCAAUAUGGGAGCCAAAAACCAUGGGGUAGUCAUGCCAGAUGCAAAUAAGGAAAAUACUCUUAACCAACUGGUUGGUGCAGCAUUUGGAGCUGCUGGUCAAAGGUGCAUGGCUCUUUCAACUGCAAUCCUCGUGGGAGAAACUAAGAAGUGGCUGCCAGAGCUGGUGGAACGUGCCAAAAACCUGCGGGUCAAUGCAGGAGACCAGCCUGGAGCUGAUCUAGGCCCUCUGAUUACUCCCCAGGCCAAAGAGCGAGUCUGUAAUCUGAUUGAUAGUGGGGUAAAGGAGGGAGCUUCCAUCCUUCUAGAUGGGCGAAAAAUUAAAGUCAAAGGCUAUGAAAAUGGUAAUUUCGUUGGACCAACCAUCAUCUCAAAUGUCAAGCCAAAUAUGACCUGUUACAAAGAGGAGAUUUUUGGUCCAGUUCUUGUGGUUCUGGAGACAGAAACACUGGAUGAAGCCAUCAAGAUUGUAAAUGACAAUCCAUAUGGAAAUGGAACUGCCAUCUUUACCACCAAUGGAGCCACUGCUCGGAAAUAUUCUCACAUGGUGGAUGUCGGGCAGGUGGGAGUGAAUGUCCCCAUUCCAGUGCCUUUGCCAAUGUUUUCAUUCACCGGCUCUCGAUCUUCCUUCAGGGGAGACACCAAUUUCUAUGGCAAACAGGGCAUCCAGUUCUAUACUCAGCUAAAGACUAUCACUUCUCAGUGGAAAGAAGAAGAUGCUACUCUUUCCUCACCUGCUGUAGUCAUGCCUACCAUGGGGCGUUAGAAACAAGUUCUUAAGGACGCAAUCCAGCCUGACUAAUUUCCCUUCAUUCUUGGCCAACUUCAUUUGCCAACUGCUCAAAUAAGAUCCAUGAGAUUGGAAUAUAUUACAACUAAAAUUUUUCUCAGAACUCUUAUCCCUUUCAAAGUUGUUAUAAGGAGACUCCUAGGGUAACACUAAUACCAGGUUUUCCCUCAUUCUUCAUACUGCUUUUAAGGUAACUGUGAAGUGUUUCUCUGGAAUGAGAGAUUAGACCUGUUUUCUAAAAAUU